UUAUAGCACUAGUUCCACAGUGCAGCUAAAAAGAACAGACUAAUAUAUUGAACAGAACUGAACUGAAUACUUGAGGUUGGCCCAUCAGCUGACGCGAACGCCUGAUCGGCCUGACGACUGCCUGUGACACGUAGAGUGUUGAGAUUUUUAUGUAUUAAGAAGAGUUUGUAAUUCACUAGCGAAGGAACAUGAGUAAAAGCAAGCAAGCGCAACGAACUAAGAACAAUGCACGGCCAUCAAAUAGCAGUCGCAGUGCAGAACUCCUGGGGACUGCCAUGCCCAAUUUUGUUGGCUUCUCAGCAGUCAGAGAUGGAGGAUAUGUCCCUACUCUGCCUGGUUUAUCUUUGUGCAAUUUGAAUGAAGUAGAAAUGAACAGCGUGGAUCCUAGUUUCCAAGUAAUACUUAAGAAGAUGAAUAAGAAAUAUGCCACCACAAAGAUCAAGGCAUUGCAAGAAUUUGCGACUCUGUGUGAGAAUGCUGAACUGUCAGCAGUGGAAGGCAUGUUAUCAUUUUGGCCACGGCUGUAUUGUGCUCUCGCUAUUGACAUAGAUCACAGAGUGAGGGAGGCAACACAGUUGGCACAUGCAGCAGUUGUCAAGCGUGUGGGCAAAAGUAUAGCGAUGUAUUUGAAGCAAUUGGCUGGCACUUGGUUCAUCUCUCAGUAUGACACAUAUCCUCCAGCUGCUUCGGCCGCUACCAAUUCUUUCAACAGUACAUUCCCACCCUGGAAACUGGUUAAUGCUAUUAUUCAUUGCCAAUGGGAAAUUUUAAUGUACAUCAGCGAUAAUAUCACCGUGCAAACAGCUCAGACGUUAUCAACGCAAAAGUCUCUCACCGGCGAAGAAAUGGAGACGAUAUAUCAGCGAGUAUUGGUGUCAAGUCUGCAGGCGUAUAGUUAUUACUUCAAAAAGAUCCCGUCUCGCGAAAUCGAGAACACCUUGAGUAUUCACGAGAAGAUCUUGACCAAUACGAAAUUCUGGAAAUUGGCCAAACACGACGUCCUGCCGAUCAAAACUGCUUUCUUCAACGUACUGACGUCGAUAAUAGAGAAUGCGGAUCAGCUGUUGCAGAACGAGAAGAAGAGGGUCAUGACUACGAUCAUGAAUAGCCUUGACGAAUCCGAGUCUGGGAUCUUGUCGGCCGUAUGGGAGGCGAUGCUCGUAGCUAUAACCAAGAUCAACGACUGGCAUUCCGCCGUGAGCGUGGACAAACUCGUACUGCCGAAACUGUGGCGUGUCUUACGAUCCGGCGGUCAGUGCUGCGCCAGCAUCGUCUAUCCGAAUCUGCUGCCUUUCCUCAGUCAAUUCCCAAAGUUGAGCGUCGAUACCGAUCAACUGUACGUCAAUUUCUUCAGCAAUAUGCGCCAAGGCUUCUCCGUCAAGAGCGUGCAAGUGAGUCGCUCUGAAAUGCAGGCGGUGAUAACGUCUUUCAUCGAAUGCCUGCGUUAUUCCGUCCUCGUGAACGUCGAGAACGUGGAUCUAUGCGUUCGCCUCUUCAAGGAACAGCUCGUGCCCGUGUUGGAGACCUGCAUGGCCGAUACCGAGAACAAUGCAACGAUGAAGGAACUGCUGUUCUCCGAGGUCACGCGCUUACUGCGAUAUUGGAGCAAGAAUCGCGCUAACGAGGCGUACAAGUCGUACGUACCUUUGAUGCAGCAGUUUUGGAUCGAGUUGAGGCUGUUGUUCGACAAGCUCGUAGAUGUGCCACCGCGGGAGACCGCGAUGUCGCACACCAUAGACGCUCAGAUCGAACUGCUGCUGACAUUGAAGAAACACGCACCAGACUGCAAUCGCAAGAAACUGAAAGUGAAAUUCGCUAGUCCGGGCGACCCCCCCGUGGUGAAGCAGCAACCGGAGGUAAAUAUCAGCGAAGUCGAGGCGGACCCGGUGUUCAACGCGGAGCUCUGCGAGUUUGUCAAUGCGCUCUGCGUGAUUUACUUCAACAAGAUCAACGAUCGUCAGUCCACCGUGUAUAUCGGGUCGCUCAACAAAGUAAUGAAACAUUUUACGAGUAGAGAGCUGUUCGUCGCGCUCUCAACGUCCUUCCAAUUCAACAAGGACUUCUUCAGCUUCUACGACGAGAGCCUGCGACCGCUGCUGCUGAGGAAUCCGGAGACGAUGGGACAAAUCGUCGAGUUAAUAUUCCAUUUUGUUGCAUAUAUCAACGACACGGAGAAGGACCAAGUUUUGAGAUCACUGGCUGGGUUAAACGACAUCGCGAUAACAAGAAGUGUCCUGUACUUCAGCCUGUCAGAGUGCAACAGAAACGAUCCUGUGAUAAAGCAGUGGUACACUCAAGCCGAUGUGACCAAGCUGCUGAUCGACAUGGCCAGGGAAAUCUCAUCCGAGCGCGACGACCUCGAGAAGAAUCAAAGACUGAUUUUGUUAGCUUUCGAAACUUCGGACAACGGGGACGCGUUGAUCAACGAGGAUGCGGCGAACGAAAUCGUGUUGAUCCUCUGCGAUUCGAUGAGCGGGACGGAUGACACUUGCCCCAUACAGUUCGCCCAGUUCAUCACGCGCCUGAUGACGCUGACGUGGAGUCAUAAGCGGAUGAUAUCGAGCGCCGUGCAGAUACUGGAGACACUCUUCGAGCUGUGCACACGACGGGGACACGACGACGGCGAUUCGGCUUCCGCCGCGACUGUGCGCAACGGCUGGAAGGAGGAGCUCGUCAAGAGCAGCCGGACACUGCCACGCUCCGAAUUCAACGAUCUUGUCAAGAGAUGCGCGGUUAUCUUUUGGAGCAAGAUAUACAGCAACGCGUACACGAGCGCGUGUGCCCACAUCAAGGACACACUGCUGGACCUGGCAACGAAUCUUUUGGAAGGUAUAAUUCACGAGAAUGACAACACGCAGUCGGAUCGUGUCGAGGAGACCAUCUUGCUAUUUUUAACGAUGUCCGACAUCAAGUUGUGGGCUGCUGAGGCGACCACCGUUGCGAUUUACGGCGAGGUAAUGACGGGCAACUUGUACAUGUCGAGUCUUGAGACGGAGAUGCAGAUUUUCCAGCAGCGUGCGAUCGUCGAUCUAACGAACGACAUGAUCUCGGACAGCAUGGCGACCUGCUUGAAGUGGGCUGUACUCACCACGGACUUGCUUAACAAUCUGUGCAAGAAGUUGAGACGCGCCGACGUCAACGAGAUCGACGUCAACGCGUCCUCCAGCUUGCAGGAGAACGUUGAGCCGUAUGAUUUGGAUCUACCGGGAAUUACGAAGAUUCUGCUGAACAUCGUACACGUGGCCACCGUAGCGGAGAUAUACAGCAAACACUAUCGGUCCACCCAACACUACAACGACGUGAACAAACUCCUCGAUUCGCUCAAGAGCAGUUUCGUCAAGCUGCGGAAACACUUGACGGAGAGUGUUCACGACGUCGUACUGUCUUACAUACGAGAGAAUCACGAGAGUUACGGGUGCAUGCUGCCGUACAUAAUCCGCACGUACUACGACGAAUUCAAGCCGGGCGAGAGUCCCAUCGAGUGCUACGAGAGUUGCAGAAGCAGCGAAGGACAGCGCGACGAGGAGGCGUACCUGCAAGGGAUGCAAGUCUUAAGCAACUAUUGGACGCCGAAUAAUUUCCCGUCAACGAGAAGCAGCGACGUUUGCACGCUGAUCGCCGCAAGAAUCACGACCGGUCGUUCCCGGGAGGUCGACUCGGGCAACACCGCUAUAAUGGACCAGAUCAUAUCGUGUCACAAGAAGGUCGCGAGCUUACUUGUGUUAAAUCAGGAUAUGUUUAACGUUUCAUGGGAGCAGCUGCUCUUGCCGUUAGAAAUCAUAAGGACAUUGACGGUAAUCGUCCGGCAGAGCCCGUAUCUGUUGACGUGCGAACAAUGGGACUACACGUUGAUAUCCCAUAGAAUGUGGCAGCAGUUGGUCGGCAAAUCCAAGUACAACUACACCGAAACCAAGGUGACAGCGUUAAUAGUGGCGGUCAGUCAGCUGUAUUAUGAAUUGCAGAUUUUAUUGAACAAACACGAGCAGCAGCCGAUGCCGGAAUUGUCUCCCGCGCUCUUGGACGAAUGGAAGAACGUAUUCGCCGGGAACGUAUACAGUUCUAUCGCGCACACCUGGAGGUUCUGCGCCGACCUCCACCAUGAAGACACGGUGUCUAUAAAGUCUACCGUACUGUUGGAUUACCUGGGACGAGCGCUCAGUAUGUUCGACAGCGCCAUAUUAUUCAAGAAACGCGACAUAUUAUGCAAGAAAUACGACCAAGACGCGUCGGUGAACUUGGACGAGAUGUUGGAACUGUCCUUGAAACUACUGCAGGCUCCUAUGCCUAGUAUCCAAUUGGGCGCCUAUCAUAUGUUGACGCAUAUAGUAUUGGACCUUGUAGAACAGGACAAGGUUCUCGUCGAGUCCGAGAACUUCGACCCGAGCGGUCUCAGCAUCAGGAGACUCGAAGCGGUGUUGUUGAGCAUACAGAAUAUCGUCAACACGAUGCUCAUCGAGUUCAAAUUGUGCGAUGCCGUCAGCUGCACGAUUCAACCAUUCACGGACUCGUACACGUACACCUUGGGAUAUCUGCUGGCGUGGACUGUUGUGUUAGACAUUUGUGCUCAUGCUCAUGGUGAUUUGCGGUAUCAACACGCCGAAAUAUUGAAAGAUGAGCUUUUCCCUUGUCUGUUGAAUAAUAUCUUCAAGUUGAUGCCACUGGAAGGACCGCAUGAUAAUAAAAAUAAGACUGCAAAGUUGCUGGAGAUCUUCACCACUGCCCCGUCGUACAAUUUUGGAGAAAGUUGGACAGAGUGGAGAUUGGAUCAUAUCAUGUGUUGGUCAUAUACGAACUGCCUACGACUUCUGCCAGUAUUAGUUAGACAAUGGUGGAGAACGGUUGACAGCAGAGCCAGCGCAACGAUAGACAAGAUCACGACUCACUACGUUAGUCCUACGCUUUACCAAGAGGAGCUUCUCAACAACAGACUGUCGUGUCAACAAAAGAACAACAUGGAAAAUAUACAGGUGAAAGUACAUUCGACAGCAAGGGAAGUAAUAGCCAUGUACCAAAUGGACGAUAACAAAUUGGAAUUAAGUAUUAUACUACCGCCGAAUUAUCCACUAGGCACUGUGAAAGUAGAAACCGCCCAACACGUAGCUGGCACGGCGAACUGGCGGAAUUGUCAUAAGCAACUCUCUAUAUUCCUGACACAUCAGAAUGGUUCUAUUUGGGACGGUCUCAUAAUGUGGAAGCGCAAUUUGGAUAAGAAGUUUGCGGGCGUUGAAGAAUGCUGCAUAUGCUUCAGUAUUUUCCACAUCAGCACGCAAAAGAUACCAAAGUUGUCGUGUAGCGCCUGUCGUAAGAAGUUCCACACUCCCUGUUUGUAUAAGUGGUUCAACACGAGUCAAAACUCCACCUGUCCAAUUUGUAGAAAUGUGUUUUAAUGCAACCUGGUCAAAAUCCUUUUUUUUUUUGUUUUUUUUUUGUAACGACAUUGAGUACAAUAAAUUGUGAACGAUGCGCUGAGAUAUUGUAAGAUAAAAUUAAUUUAACGAUUCUUGCUGUAAAACACUGAAUGAGCACUAUAAUACGUUAAGUUUAUUAAAACAUUAUGAUAUUAAAACAUUCGCAGAUAAACAGAUAAUAAAUAUCAACUGAAUAAGAAA